AUGUUAGCUGUCGCCUCCUACGUGCGGCAGCCUCACGACCAGCGCAAAGCGAUCGUUUUGGUCGCCAGCUCCAACAUCGAUUUCAAGCUGGAACUGGAGAACCCCAUUCCCGUCGCCAUUCCUCUCACCCCUCUCAUCGCCCACCACGCUGUCCUCGAGUUCGCCAAAUCGCCCUCCCGUCUCCCAUUCCGUCGCGCGUCACGUCGCCAUCUCGUCGCCCGUCCCGUCGCGCGUAACGUCGCCCUCUCUCCCCUCCUCUCCUCCCGUCGGCCUCUCUCACGCCCCUCCCUACCCAUCGCGCUCUCUCUCUCCGCUCCCUUCCCGUCGCCCUCUCUCUCGCCCCUCCCUUCCCGUCGCCCUCUCUCUCUCCGCGCCCUUCCCGUCGCCCUCUCGCUCGCCCCUCCCUUCCCGUCGCCUUCUCUCUCUCCGCGUCGCCCUCUCUCUCGCCCCUCCCUUCCCAUUGCGCUCUCCCUCCGCUCCCUUCCCGUCGCCCUCUCUCUCGCCCCUCCCUUCCCGUCGCCCUCUGUCUCUCCGCGCCCUUUUCGUCGCCCUCUCUCUCGCCUCUCCCUUCCCGUCGCCCUCUCUCUCUCCGCGCCCUUCCCGUCGCCCUCCCGCUCGCCCCUCCCUUCCCGUCGCCUUCUCUCUCUCCGCGUCGCCCUCUCUCUCGCCCCUCCCUUCCCGUCGCCCUCUCUCUCGCCCCUCCCUUCCCGUCGCCUUCUCUCUCUCCGCGCCCUUUUCGUCGCCCUCUCUGUCGCCUCUCCCUUCCCGUCGCCCUCUCUCUCUCCGCGCCCUUCCCGUCGCCCUCCCGCUCGCCCCUCCCUUCCCGUCGCCUUCUCUCUCUCCGCGUCGCCCUCUCUCUCGCCCCUCCCUUCCCGUCGCCCUCUCUCUCGCCCCUCUCUUCCCGUCGCCCUCUCUCUCUCCGCGCCCUUCCCGUCGCCCUCUCUCUCGCCCCUCCCUUCCCGUCGCCCUCUCUCUCUCCGCGACCUUUUCGUCGCCCUCUCUCUCUCUCCGCGCCCUUUUCGCCUCAAGUCCAAGGCAGCACAUUGA